CGAUUUUUCAGUUUUCUGACAGCGCAUUUCCUAUGGCUUGGAGACGGCUUACUGCACUACCUCGCAUGUCUUUGAGAGCACUUCCUGCAGUGUCCUUGGGCGUCAACAUCGUCAACGUAAAGCGCGUGGCUUGCAGCUCUGCCAACAAGGAAGAUGAGAAACCCGCUGACAAGCAAGCCGAUUAUUGGAUAUCUGGAGUAUCUCAAGGUUGCAACAAGACUUUGCCUUGCACGUUCGAUCUGUACGGUGGAGUAAUGGUAGAUCCUGCAACGGUUCCAGCAGAACAAGAUGCGUUCCGGACGAUCCUAGCUUCUUCCCUAGAUGAAUGGAUGAAGCGCGGCAAGCAAGGAGUGUGGCUCCGCUUGGACAUCAGCGCAGCUGCCCUCGUUCCCAUUGCAAUUUCUGAGUUUGGUUUCGAGUACCAUCAUGCAGAGAGGGACUAUGUCAUGAUGACAAAAUGGCUGCCCUCUAACUGCCCGAAUACAUUGCCGCACAACGCUAGCCACACAAUUGGAGUAGGUGCCCUUGUGACGAACUCAGAGGGCAAGAUCUUGCUUGCGCGAGAGAAGUCUGGGCCAGCAGCGAGAUCCAAAGUAUGGAAGAUUCCAACGGGUUUAGUUGACGCUGGUGAGGACCUUCAUGAAGCUGCCCUUCGAGAAGUCAAAGAGGAGACCGGCAUCGAUGCUACCUUCGAGUAUUGCGGAGCAUUCACAAUGAGUCAUGGUGGAAACCUUGCACAUGCGAACAAGAGCAACCUCUUCUUUGUGGUGAAGUGCAAAGCCUUGACCACGGAGAUUCAAUUGUGUGAAAGCGAAAUUGCAGAUGCACGGUGGUUUUCGAAGGAAGAAUGGCUCACGCGAAUGGAAAAGGGAUCAAUUUGGUACGAGCUGAAUCAGUCCGCGUUGGAUGCUGAGGCUGUCGUUUCCAUGAAGAGCUUGCCAUGGGGAAGAUCUCGGCCAGGCGUGAGCCGGCUGAAUCUUGGCCUGCAAGCAGCUGGUCAAUCUCCAAUCAUGACUUCCAUAAAGCAAGGAAUGGGUCUCGAGGCCUAGGUGAAUACUCAAUACUCGAUGACUCCUUGCAAAGGAUACACCUUUUCAGCUUCUUUUCAGCCCUGCUUCUCGAGAGGUCACCAUACAUCGCCAAUUCUUCCUAAGCCUUGCAAUUUGUGAGGUUUUUCUGUCCUGUGAGACGGUCAGCCUUGUGAUCCAAGAAGCGCGAGUCUCCUGGUGUAGAGCUGAUGUCAACGGGCCAUGAGAGGGCUUCUUGUCACGCCGCCAGAAUUGAAAAAGAACACCCAGCCGCAGAGCUUACUGUGUUUAGGAGA